AUGCGCUUGUCGACUUGCGCAGCUGCGCUUGCAUCCGCAGCACUCUUUGUUUCCACACUGGCCACACCCACACCAAGUCAUAAGCUGCAAAGACAAAAAGUAUGGGCGGAUCGUAUUGAAGAGAGGAAGGAUGCAAAGAAGCCUGAUACCAAAUACUUCCACGAGCCUGGAGGCAGUCUCACUCUCGGCCACUAUGACAAGCGCUAUUUUAAUGGCAUCGUCUCAGAUGAAGAGCGAACGGAUACGCAAUCGCACAUGGUCCGCGCUUAUCUGAACUACUUCCGUGAGAACGAACUCGAUACUUGGAUAGCGCACGGAACAUUACUUGGAUGGUGGUGGAAUGGACAGCGUCUGCCAUGGGAUUUUGACCUCGAUACACAAGUAUCCCAUUCCACGCUCAUGCAGUUAGGCGCAGAACACAACCAGACGAAAUACCGUUAUACCUCCUACGACGGCACCGUUCAGCGCGAAUACCUUCUCGAUGUCAACCCGUGGAUCUGGGAGCGCGAGCGUGGAGAUGGUAUGAACAUUAUCGAUGCGCGAUGGAUCGACGUGCGCAAUGGGCUGUUCAUCGACAUUACCGGACUGAGCGAAACACACCCAGACGAAAACCCAGGACAGUGGAGUUGUAAGAAUUACCACAGGUACGACACAUCGGAACUGUAUCCCAUGCGGGAAACAAUGUUCGAGGGCGUCCCGGCGAAGGUACCUUACAAUUACGACAAGAUACUCGUGGAUGAGUACAAGGAGAAGGCUUUGCUGGAAACGGAUUUUAAUGGACACCGAUGGGAUGCCAACAUCAAGGAAUGGGUAAAGUCACCAGAGACACUGGCAAAGGAAGAACAAGAACGGAAGAAGAAAGAAGAUGAGGAGAAGAAGAAGGUGGGGGAAGAAUCCAAGCUAGACGUGAAGAGAGUGGAAGAGUCCAAGCUGGAGUAG